CUGGCCUUCGUGGCCAUGGCCGUCGCCUGCUCCGCGGCCGUGCACUGGCAGCUGCGGCGCGAGACCAUGGAGCGCGCCGAGCUGAGGCUCGUCAGCAUGUGCGAGGAGCGGGCCAGGAUGCUGCAGGAGCAGUUCGGGGUCACCGUCAACCACGUGCACGCGCUCUCCAUCCUCAUCUCCAUCUUCCACUUCGAGAAGAACCCAUCGGCAAUCGACCAGGAUACAUUCGCGAAAUACACGGCAAUGACAUCGUUCGAGCGUCCGUUGCUGAAUGGGAUUGCGUACGCGGAGCGCAUCUUCCCUCACGAGAAGGAAAUGUUCGAAAGAAAGCACGGAUGGAUCAUGAAGACGAUGAAUCGAGAGGCUGCGCCUCUGCAAGAAGAGUAUGCCCCGGUGAUUUUCUCCCAGGAUACCGUCUCCUACCUUGCGCGCAUGGACAUGAUGUCUGGGGAGGAGGACCGAGAAAACAUCUUGCGAGCGAGGACUACGGGCAAGCCUGUAUUGACAAAUCCAUUUCGGCUUCUCGGGUCAAACCAUUUGGGCGUAGUGCUCACUUUUGCUGUGUAUCGCCCUAAUCUACCCGCCGAUGCUUCAGUCGAGCAACGUGUGGAAGCAACUGCCGGUUAUCUUGGUGGAGCUUUUGAUGUGGAGACACUUGUGGAGAAUUUGUUGAGUAAACUUGCUGGCAAUCAGGAUAUAUUGGUGAAUGUGUACGAUGUCACAAAUGCUUCAGAACCUAUGGCUAUGUAUGGAUCUCAAACACCAGAUGAUAAAGUGGGCCUCUUGCAUGUUAGCAUGCUUGAUUUUGGAGAUCCGUUUAGGAGGCAUGAAAUGAGGUGCAGCUAUACACAAAAGCCUCCUUUACCAUGGUCUGCCAUUAGUAAUCCUCUGGGCACUUUCGUCAUAUGGAUGCUUGUGGGUUAUAUAAUUUGUGCUGCAUGGUCUCGGUAUGACAAAGUUACAGAGGAUUGUAGAAAGAUGGAGGAGCUCAAAACUCAAGCGGAAGCUGCUGAUAUUGCAAAGUCUCAGUUCCUGGCAACUGUAUCACAUGAAAUCAGAACUCCUAUGAAUGGCGUCCUCGGAAUGCUGGACAUGCUUUUGGGGACAGAUCUGACUAUGACUCAGAAGGAUUUUGCUCAGACUGCUCAGGGUUGUGGCAAAAAUUUGAUAAGACUGAUAAAUGAUGUACUUGAUCGAGCAAAGUUUGAGGCUGGAAGGUUGGAACUUGAGGCAGUGCCUUUCGACUUGCGAUCACUAUUGGACGAUGUGAUCUCUUUGUUUCCUUCAAAGUUAAAAGAGAAGAGCAUAGAGCUUGCAGUGUUUGUGUGUGAUGAUGUCCCAAAACUUGUCAUUGGUGAUCCUUGGAGAUUUCAACAGAUAGUAACAAAUUUAGUGGGCAACGCAGUCAAAUUCACAGAACGGGGUCAUGUUUUUGUGCGGGUCUCUUUGGCUGAACAGUCAAAUGUGGAAACUUGUCGGGUCCCUAAUGUAACCCUAAACGGAAAAGAUUGUAAAGUUGAGUCCACAGCUAAUGGUGCCUUCAAUACAUUGAGUGGGUUUCAAGCUGCGGAUGAACGAAAUAGCUGGGAAUAUUUUAAGCUGCUGCUCUCUGAUAAGGAGUUACCUUCGAAUGAGCUUGAGGGUGAAAAAUGUAACCAAAUGGAUGCCGAUCAGGUGACCUUGAUGAUAAGCAUUGAAGAUACAGGUGUUGGUAUCCCACUGCAUGCACAAGAUCGUGUUUUUACGCCUUUUAUGCAGGCGGAUAGUUCAACUUCAAGGAACUAUGGUGGAACUGGCAUUGGUUUAAGCAUCAGCAAAUGUCUGGCCGAACUUAUGGGCGGGCAAAUAAGUUUCACUAGCCGUCCUUCCAUUGGCAGUACAUUUACAUUCUCAGCUGUUGUGAAGCGUGCAUCCGAAGAUACUUCAAGUGAUUCAGAGAGGAGCCUUUGCGAGGCACUACCAACUGCCUUUAGGGGAAUGAAGGCGAUCUUGGUAGAUGGGAAACCUGUACGUAGUGCUGUCACUAGAUAUCACCUUAACAGGUUGGGAAUAACUGUUCAAGUUGUGAAUAAUAUGAGUAUGGGAGUUCAGGCCUUUGGGCAAAACGGUGCAACAGAGUCAAGAGAAAAACCCUCCAUGAUUUUUAUUCAGAAUGACAUCUGGAGGCCUGAGACAGAUAUUCAGCUAUUGAAUCGGUUACAUGCUCUCAGGAUGAAUGGUCAAGUUCACGAGUUGCCCAAAUUGAUCCUCUUGGUCACAUCUGAAGCUGAUAAAGACAAGUACGGAUCCACGUUCAAUGCUGUGCUGUGUAAGCCUAUCAGAGCAAGCACAAUAGCUUCUUGUCUGCAACAGCUGCUACAAGUGGAGAUUCCUGUAAGGAAAGAAAAUCAAAAUAGGCCCUCAUUUCUCCGUAACCUGUUGGUUGGGAAGAAUAUAUUGGUUGUGGAUGAUAACAAGGUAAACCUGCGAGUUGCUCACGCUGCACUAAAGAAGUAUGGUGCCAAGGUUCAUUGCGUUGAAAGUGGCAAGGAUGCCAUCUCCUUGCUUCAACCACCACACUUCUUCGAUGCAUGUUUUAUGGAUGUUCAAAUGCCUGAGAUGGAUGGGUUUGAGGCAACCAGGCAAAUAAGGGAAAUGGAGAAGAAAGCGAAUGAGGAAAAGAGAGAGCAGUCGACUUCAGCGGAAGGUUCAACAUCUGCGGAUUGGCAUUUGCCUGUUCUGGCAAUGACUGCUGAUGUUAUUCAGGCAACCUACGACAAGUGUAUAAAAUCGGGAAUGGAUGGGUACGUGUCGAAACCAUUCGAUGAACAGCAGCUAUACCAAGCGGUCUCCAGAUUAGUGGUGGGAACAACUGAUCCGGCUCCAUGAUCUGCUCGAUUGGCUGGAUCCAGGCCUCGUUAGUUGAAGUGGUGUCAAGCUGACUCUGACUCUUACAGUAGACGGAAAGGUGGAGAAGGUACCUUGAGCUAGUGAAGUUCGUUGCAGCAGCGGUACCGAUGAUGCACAUUUCUGCUGCAGACCAGGGGCAUUGCAGCCAUGGUAACGAUGAUGCGUCGCGGUCGGCAUUUCGGCUGCAGCCCAGGGGAGAACACGAAGAAGGUACCUUGAGAUAGGUAGAUUAGGCCUUUUUUUUUGUUUUGGUGUUGGUAGGCAGAUGUAUGUUGUUGUAUGUCCUGUCUGUUCAUUCUUUGAAAAUAUAACACCUCUGUGCUGCACUCCCCCGAGUUUCAGAGCCUGUGAAAAGAAAGAAAUGGUCGACUUUUCAA